UAGUUAUCUCGUCACACUAUUCAUAUUCAUAAAACCUGCAUUGCGCGGGCUACUUAAACAAUUUGUGUACUUCAACCCGGCAUUUUACUUUAUCCAGGCAUUCAGUUCGAGCAGAGAAACGGCAUUCUUUUUAUGGCACAUUGAGGAAUAAUAGCGGCGCGACAAAUUGCGAAAUGGAUAGCAACAGGGAAGCUUCCCCUGACUGGCUGAGGGAGUUUCAGGCUCCAAAGCAGACAUUCACAACACUGUCAUCCUCUCCUUCAAAUUCUCCUUCGCGUGAUGUGCCUGGUAGUUCAAAAAAAGAGUCAAGCAGAUCCUUUGAAGAAGAGGAGCAUCAGUCAAAAUUGGGAUCUCAAGAAAAAGGAGUAGAGACAGUCCUUCUCAGUGAUAGUGAAGAAAAGACCCCAAAGAAGAUUCAGCGAAAAUCAAAAGCAUCUAAGUCUAAUGUAGGUACAAAGAGGAGCAUAGGUAAGAAAAAUGUAAAAAAGGAAACUCUAACUGCUCCUAAAGUAAAGUCCGAAUCUGAUAUUAGAGAAGACAGUAAGAAGGGGAAUGGAGCAAAUUUGUCCACACUGAAAGUUGAAGGUGAAGAUGAUGGUAAUAAGAUGGAAAUUGACAUUGAUGAUGCUUUGGGUGUGGAUGAAGAGAUUCCCGAGAAACGGACGGAGCCACAGGUUGCUUCAAGAUUGCCUUUGGUAUUUGCAGAUAAAGUUCAUCGUUCAAAGGCACUUCUUGAAUGUGAAGAUGAGGCUUUAGAUUUCAGUGGAGAUGUUGGUGCUAUUGGUCGGUUGGCAGUAUCUAAAACAUCUUCCAAUGAUCAUGAAAUUUUGCUGGACCUCAAAGGUGCUAUUUAUAAAACAACAGUUGUUCCAUCAUAUACAUUUUGUGUGGUAAACUUUGGGACCUCAGAGGCAAAGAUUGAGGCCAUUAUGGAUGAUUUCAUCCAGCUUCAGCCGCAUUCCAAUAUCUAUGAAGCUGAAACUAUGGUUGAAGGAACAUUGGAUGGCUUUAUGUUUGAUUCUGAUGAUGAGGGAGACAGAGUGAUUGGGGUGCCAGGAAAACAAGAUGAACAAAAUAAUGAAGCCGCAGAUAUUCCUGCUACGAAAUCUAAAAAGAAGUCUGACAAGCAAAUGGGUGGAAUGAAAAGGAAGAGGUCUACAGCAAAACCGACCAAGAAAGGGGUGAAAAAGGCACCAGCUUCAAAGAAACAAAGGGUUUCAAAAAAAUGAACUGCUCUGACAAAAUGGCAAGUGCAGUUGUCCUGUACAUGGCAGAUAGCAAUGCUUUAUUAUUGUUUCUGUACAGGUCAAAAUUAUCAAUCCUUGGAUCAUGAAAUCGGAUGCAUUAAACCACGUCCAAUAAAAUUUGAUAUAGUUGGUGGGAAUAACUUUUAUACAACAGAAAGAAAUCAGUGGCUGCAUCUCUGACUUGUAAAGAGGAUGGAAGAUUGAGGAAAGAUGUUUAACAAACUAAGGGUGCAAAUUACAUGGAAAGUGCCUUACAAAUCUAGGCUGAUGUUAGAUGGCGUACAUUCCAAAACAAGACAGCCUUAAAUUUAUUACCCAGAAAAAAUAAAGGCCCAUGUUUCUUUGAGUAUCAGCUUGGAGGCCAUAUAGAGGCACUGUUUUUUGUAUUCUUUUCAUCCUGUAUUUUUCCUUGAAGCUUCAAACAUAAUGUUUGUUCAUGAUAAGCCAUCAUAUCUAGUUCUCUUAGGUUUUUAAUUAUAUUUGCUAAGAACUUAUUGGGAAAUUUCAAGUAGGAACUUGUGAAGAUGCACUAUUAUUUCUUGACAUAUGACAGGGAACUGAUUUCCAAAAUUUCCAUUAUAACAAGAAUGGUCAUCUGAUUACUUGUUGGGAUCUACUUGCAAAUCACUAGUAAGAAGAUCUUACAGAAUUUUAAAGCGUUGUGCAUUGCACCAUUUUUUUAA